CCUGAAAUCGCUGAGCACACACCGCUGUGGCAUUCAAGGGUCUGGGAGAGCAUGGCCAGCACAGGGUAAGAGUGGGGGAUGUGGGUGAUGCCACAGGGAGGGGCCACCACCUAGGGAAGUGCGUCUCUUACUGGGUGCCCGGGGCUAUACAGGUGGUGCCUGCAGUGCCACUCUGAGGAAGGGCCAAUGCUCAGGGCACUCACAUGGGCACCUUUCCUGGGGAAAGUGGGCCCCUUCCUCCUCCUGCGCCCUAUCUGGAGCCGUCAGGGGUGGGCAGUGGGCCUGGUUCGAGGCUCUUCCUGUUGCCAACCCCACUCCUGGCAGCUGGCGGGGUGGGGGUGGGGUAGUGGGUGAUGCCAGAGGCUGGGGGCAGGGGCGGGGCGAGGCUGCAGUGGGAAGGCCUCCCGGCUGCCCUCACCUAGGCAAAUGAAAGAAGAGGGUGAAAGCCGUGAUUUCAGGGCACUGCUGUAGGGUGGCUGCUGUGAUUUGAGAAUCCGGAUUUUGGGGUGACUGAUUCCAGGAGGCUCUGGAUGAGUAACACUGGGCGAGGCUCUAUCCGGAGGCUUCGGGCCUGGGGGAGCCUGGCAGUGGGGGCCCUCCUCUCAGCCCUCUGGCUCCUGCGGCUGUUGGGACCAGCCCCAGGGGGUGCCCCGGCCCCCCAGCCCACAGUCACCAUCCUCAUCUGGCACUGGCCCUUCACAGACCAGCCCCCAGAGCUGCAGGGUGAUACCUGUGCCCACUAUGGCAUGACCCACUGCCUCUUGAGCACUAACCAAAGCCUGCUGGCCAGUGCCAGUGUAGUGGUCUUCCACCACCGUGAACUGCAGACUCAGCGCGCCCGCCUGCCGCUGGCCCAGCGGCCGAGUGGGCAGCCCUGGGUCUGGGCCUCCAUGGAAUCUCCUAGCCACACACAUGGGCUUCAUCGCCUCCGAGGUAUCUUCAACUGGGUGCUGAGCUACCGGAGUGACUCAGACAUCUUUGUGCCCUAUGGCCGCCUGGAGCCCCGCUCUGGCCCUGUACCACCACUGCCACCCAAGAGCCGGCUGGCCGCAUGGGUGGUCAGCAAUUUCCAGGAGCGGCAGCGGCGUGCCCAGGUGUACCGGCAGCUGGCACGCCACCUGCAGGUGGAUGUGUUUGGCCGUGCCAGUGGGCGGCCACUGUGUACUGACUGUCUGGUGCCCACUGUGGCCCGGUAUCACUUCUACCUGUCCUUUGAGAACUCUCAGCAUCGAGACUAUAUCACGGAGAAGUUCUGGCGUAACGCGCUGUUGGCUGGGGCUGUGCCUGUAGUGCUGGGGCCCCCACGGGCCACCUAUGAGGCCUUUGUGCCCCCUGAUGCUUUCGUGCAUGUGGAUGACUUCGGCUCCGCCCGAGAGCUCGCAGCUUUCCUCACGGGCAUGAACGAGAGCCGAUACCGUGGCUUCUUCGCCUGGCGGGAGCGACUGCGUGUGCGGCUGCUCACUGACUGGCGGGAACGCUUCUGCGCCAUCUGUGCCCGCUACCCCCACUUGCCCCGAGGUCAGGUCUAUGAGGACCUAGAAGGCUGGUUCCAAGCCUAAGCAUCCACUGCCCUUGGGAGAGGCCAGGAGGGUGGCAGGGCUGCAUGAUGCAACCAGAUCGGAAGCAUCUGGUCUCACAGGCCACCUUGGGUCCCAGCCCAGAAAUCCAGGAGGAAGGGGCAGCUACACUGGGUGGCUAUGGAAGGCAGGUGGGCUUUGGGGACACUGGAGGGGCCGGUAGGGCAGGGAGAGGCCACUCGAGGCUGGGCUCAGACUGAUCAAGGAGGAAAAGGGCUUAGGACGCACCCUCUCUGCCCAGAACAAACUCUGGGUAAGCGAGGUGGCUGGAAGAGGGUGGAGGCAGGGCUCUGGGGGCCAGAGACAUCCGGUUUGUGGUUUGUGGGGCACAAACCUGGACCCUGUGAACUUCUAUAACUGAGGCACCCUGUCACGCUCUGUCUGGAGACCCCACAAUGAGAGGCACAGACAAUAAAGAGACAAAUGGGACUUUCA